ACAUUUUGAUAUGUAUUUUCUGUAAUAUCUUCCAUAAGAUGUUACGGAAAAACCCGAAUGAACUUUUUGGCCAAUCCCAUAUUUGUGGAGAAGGUGAACUCCACAUCCUACUCCUCCAGUUUGAUCCGAUCUCAGCACAUUUUUUUAAGAGGCUAGGGAUGUUUCUAAACAUCCUACAGUUCAUGGGUCAGCCCUCCACGACAAAGAAUCUGUCUGGCCUAAAAUGUCAAUACUGCUGACAUUGAGAGACCUUGCUCUAUGGUAUUUCCCCCACAGAAACAUGAAGAAAAUGAUGGGAACAAUGUUGUAUUUUGGUCUGAAAGGUUGGCUUAAUCAUUAGCUAAGUGACUUGCUCUCCUAUUAAGGUUAAUGUCAAAUAGGUGGGAUUCAAAUUCAUGCUUAGCAAAAUUGCACAUGACUUCAUGACUCCAUGACUUGGUAUUUCAGGAAUGCUUGAGAAUUUUAAAGUCAUGCAUGCAAAAAUCUGCUGUACUUUCUUUUCUGUGUGUGUAAGUAAAUAACCUUCUUUCUCUCUCUUCUUUCUCUCUCUCAACACACAGUAUUUAACACAGAUAGAGUGCCCUGCACUGUAUGCUCAACUGGUGCUCAUUGCAUUGUGAAGACUUUCCCAGACCAACUAGUUUCUCAUUUAGAGAGGGUUAAAAAUGACUGUCGUAGACUCAGAAGGAUUAAUAUUCUAAUAACUAAAGGAAGUUGUGCUGGAUAGAAAGUGAAAAUAAAAACAAAUUAAGGUGAAAAACUUAGAAUAAGACUGUCAAACAUGCUAAUUAAUUGUGGAGGUGGGAGUAUCUUCUCUGGAGGAAUUGAGUAAUUUUUAAGUCUAGUUGACUCUAACAGAAUAAGUAUCUUCAGCACAAUUAUGUAUAACUUUGGUAUCUCAAGACAGCAGAUAGUUGGCACUCUUUAUGCAGCUGUCUGAGCAUUUUUCUGCAGGAAGAGACAUGGUAGGGGGACCAUCCCAAAUGUAAAAGCUGAGGAGAAAACUUAAAUCCCUCAAGGAUCAGAUUCCUUCUGCUAUUGGAGAGGUGAAGUUUGAGAACUGCUAAUCAUAUUUCUUUAUACUUUUAAUAUGCAACAGCACAAAGAAAAAUAAUCAGAAAACAACAACCGAUAGAUCAUUCAACUGAUUUUCAUCUAAGAAUGAUGCUUCCAAAUUAGAGACAAGGUUAUUUAAGAGGAGGAGGAGAGAUACUAUCAGUAAAGAUUAAUGAGAAGAUUGGUUGUGGUGGUGUGGGUACCAUGACAGCCCCUACUGCUGUGAAGAGGUUCAGUUUGGGGACUUAAGACAAAUGCACUGGAUCAAGUCUAAUUUCAUUUAGAGAUUAUAUCGGUGGCCUAGUUUUGUUACAGUCCCAUAGUUUUUGAAAAUGUUCAAGUUUGGCAGCAGUUCAGACUAAAUACUUAAAACAUGUUUGUUUAAUACAUGUUUAAUACAGAACUUAGUUUAAAAAUAAACUCAAUAUUUCAGUUUAAUUCAGGGCUUAGCAAAUUCUUCAAGUAUAUUUGGUGUUAUGGGACAUAGUGUUUUGUUUUUUGAGAUGCUAUUUCAAGGGAAUUCUGAUUCUGGUUCCUGAUUCAAACAGUUAGGUAUGAACAUUCUGUAGGCGGGACAGUCUCAGAAUUAAAGCUAUGUUGCAAUCUUAGAAGAAAUACUGGCCAGAGGUUUCCAAAUUUGGUAAAAAAACAAACGAAAAAACAUCGAUGUACAGAUCCAGAAAGGUCAACAACCCCUAACAGAUAAAUACUAAGAAAACUACCUGUAGACAAAAUCAUAGUCAAUUUGCUGAAAACAAGAAAAUCUUGAAAGCAACAAGACAAAAAUUACAUUUCUUACAGGGGAACAAUGAUAUGAAUGAUAACUAACUAACUCACUGUCUGACAGUGGAGGCCAGAAGACAGUGGAGCAUCUUUAAUGUGCUCAAAGGGGGAAAAAUAACUCCUGUUAACCCAGAAUUUUUUAUCUGUGAAAAUAUCUUUCAAAAAUAAAGUUGAAGAGAAAAGCUAAGCAAAUUAUCACCAUCAGGUAUAUACUACAAAAAAAUGCUAAGGCAGAUUCUUCAAACUGAAGAGAAAUGAUACCUGUUGGGAACUUAGAUCUACAGAAAGGAGUGACUAGAAAUGGUAAACGAAGGAGCAUGAUUGCUAGAUCGUAUGAAACACAUAUCGCAUGAUUGAACAAGAUGACUUUGACAUUAACACCAGACUACACACAAUUGUCAGAGGGGAAGAUGAGGCAGCCAUGGUGGAGUCAGUGGGCCUGGCCCUUGUGAAGCUACCAGAUGUUCUUAACCGCCUGAAGCCUGAUAUCAUGAUUGUUCAUGGAGACAGGUUUGAUGCCCUGGCUCUGGCUACGUCUGCUGCCUUGAUGAACAUCCGAAUCCUUCACAUUGAAGGGGGGGAAGUCAGUGGGACCAUUGACGACUCUAUCAGACACGCUAUAACGAAACUGGCUCAUUAUCAUGUGUGCUGCACCCGAAGUGCAGAGCAACACCUGAUAUCCAUGUGUGAGGACCAUGAUCGCAUCUUGUUGGCAGGCUGCCCUUCCUAUGACAAACUUCUCUCCGCCAAGAACAAAGACUACAUGAGCAUCAUUCGGAUGUGGUUAGGUGAUGAUGUAAAAUCUAAAGAUUACAUUGUUGCACUACAGCACCCUGUGACCACGGACAUUAAGCAUUCCCUAAAAAUGUUCGAACUAACAUUGGAUGCACUUAUCUCAUUUAACAAGCGGACCCUAGUUCUGUUUCCAAAUAUUGAUGCAGGGAGCAAAGAAAUGGUUCGAGUGAUGCGGAAGAAGGGCAUUGAGCAUCAUCCCAAUUUUCGUGCAGUUAAACAUGUCCCAUUUGACCAGUUUAUACAGCUGGUUGCCCAUGCUGGUUGUAUGAUUGGGAACAGCAGCUGUGGGGUACGAGAGGUUGGAGCUUUUGGAACACCUGUGAUCAACCUAGGAACACGUCAGAUUGGAAGAGAAACAGGGGAGAAUGUCCUUCAUGUCCGGGAUGCUGAUACCCAAGACAAAAUAUUGCAAGCGCUGCACCUUCAGUUUGGUAAACAGUACCCUUGUUCAAAGAUAUAUGGGGAUGGAAAUGCUGUUCCGAGGAUUUUGAAGUUUCUCAAAUCUAUUGAUCUUCAAGAGCCACUACAAAAGAAAUUCUGUUUUCCUCCUGUGAAGGAUAACAUCUCCCAAGAUAUUGACCAUAUUCUUGAAACUCUAAGUGCCUUGGCUGUUGAUCUUGGUGGGACGAACCUCCGAGUUGCAAUAGUCAGCAUGAAGGGUGAAAUAGUUAAGAAGUAUACUCAGUUCAAUCCUAAAACCUAUGAAGAGAGGAUUAAUUUAAUCCUACAGAUGUGUGUAGAAGCUGCAGCAGAAGCUGUAAAACUGAACUGCAGAAUUUUGGGAGUAGGCAUUUCCACAGGUGGCCGUGUAAAUCCUCGGGAAGGAAUUGUGCUGCAUUCAACCAAACUGAUUCAAGAGUGGAACUCUGUGGAUCUCAGGACCCCCCUGUCUGACACUUUGCAUCUCCCCGUAUGGGUAGACAAUGAUGGCAACUGUGCUGCCCUUGCAGAAAGGAAAUUUGGCCAAGGAAAGGGCCUUGAAAACUUUGUGACACUUAUCACAGGCACAGGAAUUGGCGGGGGGAUCAUCCAUCAGCAUGAACUGAUCCAUGGCAGCUCCUUCUGCGCUGCAGAGCUUGGCCACAUUGUGGUGUCCCUGGAUGGGCCUGACUGUUCCUGUGGAAGCCAUGGGUGUAUUGAAGCAUAUGCCUCUGGAAUGGCCUUGCAGAGGGAAGCAAAAAAGCUACAUGAUGAAGACCAGCUCUUGGUGGAAGGGAUGUCAGUGCCAAAAGACGAAGCUGUGGGCGCACUCCAUCUCAUCCAAGCUGCGAAACUUGGCAAUGCAAAGGCCCAGAGCAUCUUGAGAACAGCUGGAACAGCGUUGGGUCUUGCGGUUGUGAACAUCCUCCACACUAUGAAUCCUUCCCUUGUGAUCCUCUCUGGAGUCCUAGCCAGUCACUAUAUCCACACUGUCAAAGACGUCAUCCGCCAGCAAGCCUUGUCCUCGGUUCAGGACGUGGACGUGGUGGUUUCGGAUUUGGUGGAACCCGCCCUGCUCGGCGCGGCCAGCAUGGUUCUGGACUACACGACUCGCAGGAUCUACUAGUCCUCCGAAGAGUGGACGUGGACCGAGAUUCAAGAGCUCCUUGGCAGAAUCAGGUUGUCUUCUAGAUGAGCAUUUCUUAAAAGGCAAAUUUGGUAUUUCAAUUUAUUUGGCAGGCAACUUUGGCAGAGUUUUUGCUUUUAGUCUCUUCCAGAGUCACUUUUCCCAACCCGUUUUUGUAGAUGCUGCUCCUUGUGCGGUCAUUUCAGCUCAAACCUUGUCACAAUCUUCUGUGCCAAAAGGAGCUACAGUAGUAGCCGAGGAAGCCUUAGGACUCUGCUUACUAGAUGUACCACUUAGACCUGCAGGCCUUGCUUGGGGUGUGACCUUGAUACUGGAGUUUGGAUUAUUAAUCCUUCCUCCUCUGACCCUAAGUUCAGAACACAGAAAGGGAUCCAGUCAGGGAACAGAAGGAAAUCUCACCAUGAAGGGCUUAAGUAAAACCUUUUUAAAGCAGUUUUAUUGAGGUAUUUUUUAAAGUGCACAACUUGGUUGAGUUUUGACAUAUAUAUACCUAUGAAACCAUGGCCACGAUCAGGACAUCAGGUGUAUGUAUCUCUCACCCCCAAACAUUACUUGUUGAAAGAUGUUAUUUGCUAUUACUCUCUCAGAAUCUUGAGCAACUUUAGAUCAGGGAUCUGAAUUACAGUGGCCUUAGUGACCUUGUCCUUAUCUUCUUAAGGCCAGCUGAGAAGCCACUAGGACUUACAGCCUCUGAAAGAUUAACCAUCCCAGAAGGAUCCUUGCUACUGACAAGCAGACACCUCUCCCUUCAAUAGCUUUUCAUACUACGUUGAAUAUGACCCUGGAGUGUUGAUUAAGGCAGUGUUUGUUGUGUGUCAUACCUAGAGCCCACAUCUGUGAAAUCUGGAUUCUGGCUAAAUAAGAUUGCACGCUCGAAUUGGUGUCAAGAUAACAAAGGCCAAGGUUCUUGCUAUUAAUUUCAACCUGGAAGAAAUACUGAUAGCCACCAUUUAUUAAGUGCCUACUGUGUGCCAGGCUCUGAACUUGGUGCUUCAUAUGCAUUAUUCUAAAUUCUCACAACCAGUAAGGUAGGUGUUUUAAUUCCCAUUUUAUAGAACCCCAAACUAAGUCAAGUGGUGUGCCUAAAGCCGCGUGGCUAAUGAGUCUUAAAGACAGGGUUUGACCCAGGUCCCUCUGUGUUUUUUCUGCUAAGCCACACAAACCUCUCUUCAUAUCAAAAACUUCCAAAGUGCAAAUAUAUUCUAAUUUAUUCCAGGCUACCAAGAGCUUUCACAAGAAUAUCUUAUUAGCAAAUGAAUCGAUUCAUCCUUGACACUAUCUCUCAGUGGUGAAUUUAAUAAAAUAUUCCUGUAUGCUGUGGUAAUUUUGCCAGCACAGUAUUUGGUCUAGUGACAGGUUUUUAUGGGUACUUUUAGAUGACCUUAAAAAGGACAUGCAUAUGUUUUUCAGAUUGUUUAUUAUUUUAGGAAAACCUGAAGGUUUCUACAGCAUUAUUUCUGUGUUCACAUAUAAAAUGAAGGAAUCAAGUUUGCAUUUGAAUUACUUCCUUCCUGGUGGGUUAAUGUGAAAAGCUAGGUUGGCUGAUUCUUAGAACUCUGUCAGCUCUGAAAUAAUCUCCAGGUCCUGGUUGAUUCCUGGGAAGGAAGCUAGUUGGCUUGGCCAUCAGUGUCUGGGGCGGGUCGGUAUACCGUGAAGGGGCAUCAGCUGUUCUUUGAUAAAACCUACAACCACUGCAUACACCAGACAGUUGCACUGCUACCAAGUUUCAUACCAAAUAUUUGGAAGGAUGGUAUUGAAUCUAAAACCAAAUCUUAGUUUUUAUUAAAUUCAUGGAAAGGCUAAUAUAUUCCAACAUAAUUAUUACAUAUAGCUAAAUGAUCACAUCUUAAUUUAUUUUAAUGUAAAUAUUUUUAUUUUACUGUUCUGAGCCAAAUUCUAAAAAAAUAAAUGUAUUUCCUUGUGGAAAUCCUGCCA